UUGGCCAUCAACUCCGAAUCAAACAUGCCUCGCGGACGCGUAAACAUGCCCACCUCGCACUCUGCUCCUUCCUCCUCCCACUCUCAUCCCGACUACAUUGACAUCGACGUCGACAUCGACAUUUCCGAACACCCCCAACACAACGCUCCGAUGUCUGACAAAGUAACCCCCCUCGUGACCAAGGCCGCAUGCAAUACGCAGGCGAUGCUGCCGACGCGAAGCGAGACAACAAGGAGAACAUGGCGUCCUGGCAGCGGGAGAUCCACGACAGGAUCAAGGAGUACCCGGACAACAUCAACAGGUCGCUCCAGCUGAUUCAAGUGGGAAAUCUUGAGAACGCGAUGUAUGGGCCACUGAUGAAAGCACUGGAGCGAAUGGUAAGGCCGUUCCCGCACAGAAAGCGGCCCAAGUUCCACAACUACGAGCACAAGGUCAUGAAGUUUCCGUUCGAGCCGUACGAACACGACCAGCACCCCACGAAGCCCGACGUCAUUGCGACGUUCCCGACACUACCUUUCAUCUCUCCGCUGCAUCGCUGGAGACAUGUCGCUCUCGUCUUCGAACUCAAGUCGCUGGCGUCGGCCGACCCGAUGAUAAUGAACAUGCAGACGCACUGGGAGACGCUCGUGCAGCUUGCGAAGAGCGCGCGGAACAUCAUGCUCUCGCAGGGGAGACUGUUCGCGUUUGUCGUCGGUAUAUAUGGCGAUCAGGCUCGUAUCUUUCGCUUUGACCGCGCCGGUGCGAUAUGCUCGCCCAAGUUUGCGUACAAGAAUCAUCCGGAGAUCUUGCACGCGUUCAUGUGGCGCUUGUUCCACCCGCGAGACAGGCGUUGCGCCAUCGUCGGGGAGGAUCCGACGAUGAAGCUGGGAACGAGCAUGGACCGGAAGCUGGCAGACAAGCUUGCAUCGAGGACGAGAAGGAAAGCCGACGACGUACCUCGCAUACAAGCUGAUCUUCGUGAACUCUGGACUGUUUUCCCGCGCACACUGAUCUGGGAAGCGUUCAUCGUCGACAAGAGGAAUCGGAGCACAGGCGAACGUUACAUUCUGAAGGAGACGUGGCGGCAGCUUGGUCGCCUCGACGAGGUCGGCUUCUACGAGAGGCUACAGGAAACUUGCGGCGGAGGUACAGGCCUAGGCGAGGCCAGAUUCACGUACGGUGUCGCGAGGUACAUAUGCGGCGAGGACUACGGCGAGAGGGAUGAAGCACAUCGGAAGCUUGUGAGCAGGCAGAGACCUCUGGAGCUCCUGUGCCCGAGGACACGAAGGCGGGUCACCGGACGAUCUCUGGGGUGCAUAAUGCGCCUGAGAAGGUGCACGCGGGAGGUCGUAUUAGCGCUGCGCGAUGCUGUGGAAGGACACAGAAGGGCGUAUGAAGCUGGGAUUAUACACCGCGACGUCAGCGAAGGGAACGUGAUGAUCUCGCGCCUUCAUUCUGCGUUCGCGGCUUCAUCCAGACUUCGACUUCAGCUUCAGUUGGCGACGGUUCUUGCAAAGCGUGGCUGGGAUGUGGAUCUGACAACAUGGAGAAGUACUGCGUCGAACAUGGGCACGAACCGCGCCGACCGAUGGAAGUCUGACCUGCGAACGACAGCAAAGAGCGUACGGAACGUUGCUCUUCAUGGCUGUUCAAGUGUGGAAGGCGAGAUCACACAUGAAGCACGGCACGAUUUGGAGUCAUUCUAUUGGCUCCUUGUGUUCAUCGUCCUCGGCAUACAACAUGGCCAUCACAAGAAAGUGGGCCUUCGGAAGCUUGUUCUGCCUCGACGACUAGAUCAACGUGCCAGUACAAGAUGGUUGCUGACACCGCAAGCUCCUCUUCCAGUCCUGGUAACGAGCCUUGACGAUCUUUGGAAGUUCCGCAAUCUGCUGAGGAAUUCCUUGUCGCUGGAUCCAUCGUCGAUCGAGGGGCAAGCCCGUGACGAUGGGUACGAAGGAUCACACCACUGCUGCCGACUUUCCGUUCCCCACCCACGAAAUCCCCCGCCGCAGGCCGCGCCUGAGUACGAGCAGUCGGACAACGAGCAAGACGGCUCGAAGACUCCCGAUCAUAGCGACGACGAGGAUGCCAGUGUGAUGCUAGCCCAAGAGCCAAGCGACGAGGAGGUCGUCACAGAUAUUGACGAGCGUCCGAAUGCUCCGGACGCGCCUCAUGGACUUGCUCUUUUGGACGAGGAACCGCAACAACCAGAGGCCAAUGCGUCCGAGUCGCCGGAGCAAACGGAUCCUCAAACGCGCGCGAGCAGUCGCCGCCGCGCUCAAUCGCCUCAAGGCAAAGCCUCCGGCAGCGUCGAAGCUACGGGAUACUGGUCGAGGGACAGUAGCAUUGGGAAGCGUAGUCGUGAGGGAUCAGACCAGGACGAGGUCGAGGAAAGCCUGGCCGCGCAGUCGUCGAAGCGGCCGAGGACGGUCAGCCAACCCCGCGGCAGGAAGGCAUCGAAGAAGUCGGAGAAGAAGAAGUUGUAA